AAAGAAGGUAGCGUUACAACAGUGGUUUGCAACACUUUUAAAGCCUUACUUUUCCGCGUCCUAGUUUCCACUUGCGGAUUGCUCUGUCUUCUCGUUAUAAAUUAUUAUGCCUUUGAAUGACUUUUAUGACUAAAUGCAGUUAUGUUCUUUGUGCUUUCUGAGUCACUGAAUUGGCUCACGUUCUCUAGAGAACGUGGGAAUAAGCUUAUCCCGUCUAGAUUUUCUCCUCUGCACACUACUGUACUAUCUUUUUUCUACCAUCUCGAAAGAAACCUACCAACAGCUGGUUGUUGCAACUGGAUUAGCAGUACUAUAGUAAUACGAGAGAAGUUAUAUUUAUUAGAGGAAUGCAUCAGUUUACUGUGAUUUUAUUAGUAUCUAUUAAUGUUGAUUCCCACCUAACAUCAUUUCUGGUUUCAUUUGAGUUAAUUUCUACUUCACCAUAAUCCAGGGUCUUUCCUAUGGUGACCACUCAGUGUCAGCCUACGGCUAACAUAAGGUUUUGAAACAACUAGCUGAUGUUAAACCCAACGUUAAGCAUGUAUUGGCUCAAUUCUAACCCAACAUAUACAUCUGUUGGUUCAAGAUUUCUCCCACGACCAAUGCUCAUUACGUUCACGUUAAGCCAACUGCCUAAGGUAUACUAGAAACCCUCUUCCCAAAAGCGUAUGACCAGUUGUAAAAUUUUUUUGAACUUACUAAUAUCCCCAUACUUCAUGUAAGUUGUAAGUAAAGACUUCUGUAAAAGUAGAGAACAUUUGAAAACCCUUUUAUGUACACUAGUAACUGUUCUCAUCCUAUGUCUCACCGUCCUGUUCUGUCGAUCUUCCUGAUGUACCAUCCUUCUUCCGCACAGUACAGGUCAUCGGUUGGCUGACGGCAGUCUAAUAUGUACGAGGAGUUUAGCAAAGAAAAGCUAACCCUGAGGAUUUCCCAAUUUUUAUGGCAGCCUUCCUGAUGACCACGCAGGUUGUAAAACCGGACCUCAUAUUGUCCCCAGUGUGUUUCAAAGUGAUUUAUCAAUAAGUUGUUCACUCUCCGGGAGUUUUCAAUAGCUCUUAUUAAAGUUGGUUGGUCACUUUCGGAGUUUAGUUUUAUUUCAGAUUCAGUUUAAGUUACAAGUCUGCUGUUUAUCCUUUUUUGUAACCCAGAACAACUGAGUGACGUAUUCGAAAUCUAACGGUAUUCUCAUAGUGUUCUGUACUGACUGCUUUAUUUGGUCACAUAUCUCAUAGUAAAUCCCAUAGUACCUAGAAAACUUCAAAUAACUGUAAUUACAAAUUUUUGUGCGAAAUUCCCCCUUUUUUAACCUCGACGAAAACUAUUUGCAUAUAGCUGCAAUUCCUCGAAUUCUUUCUCUGUCAUUUUUAAAAAUAUCAAUCAACAUCCCUAAGAUACUUAACUUUUUGUUUCAAUAUUACUGUCGACCAUAUCAAGUUCUUGGUGACGUGCUACUGAGACCCUACUUGGUGAAGACGUUGACAAAAUGCAGACUAUUCUGAACGCGUUGAACAGAAAUCUGAGUUUGCUUGGCCCGCAUUUUGCAUCUACCAAGUGUAAGAUGAUGCACCAGGACUGAUCUAUAACUGUUUCUAGUUUAACGAUAACGAGUGAAAUGGUGGAGUGUCGACCACUUCACUUGCUUGGACAGUUGCAUCAUCCAGAAUAGGCUAGUAGCUGACAAAAUCUCAACUCGGGUGCAGAAGGCGCGUCUGGCAUUUGUCAACUUAGAUCAUCUCUGGCACCAAUUGGUGAGAUAUCCGACUAUCUAUAAAAGGAUGGGUAUGCUGCGCUGCAGUCCGUUCUGUCGUAUUAUGUGGUUGUGAGACAUGGCUGUUGAAAGUAGAAGGCAUGAAGCGGUUCCAGGAUUUUGACCGCAGGUGUGUUCUCUGCACUGCUCACGUUUGAUAGAAUCACCGUAUGGGCAGUAUUGAGGUCAGUUGGUGACUUGGGAAGAAAAGCAAGUAGGUUGUCUAGGUUGUAAACCUUCAUCCACUGAGAUGGCUUGGGCAUAUGUUUCUCAUACCGACCCACCACCUACCUUCACGUGCCAGAUUAGUGGGAGUUGGAAUAAGUUUGAAGAGUUCAGCAUCGGGAAACCGAGAAGUAGCACUAGUAGAUGCAAUCUCUUACUGUUGAUCUGAGUCGUGUAGGGAGGUUUAGAUGAACUGAAUGGGCUCCCCAAGACCUCAGGAAUCAGUGGUUAAUAUGGUGAUAUGGCUGAAAAUCGGUGACAACGGUGCAGAUGUAUUCGCUCCUGUAAAGUUUAAAUAUUCAUACUAACCGUUAUCUUCAGAUUGUUUAUUCUCUUACACUACUUUGUCUAUUUUAAUAUCAUUCUUUUUCUGUCCACCUGUUCUUUGCGUACUACUGUAAAGUGUGGUAUCUUGAAGCGAUGCACUUCUAUGAUAGGUUUCUACGUUGGUUCUGUCUGUAUGUCAGUUGCGUAUGAAUUAGGUCGGAGUCGUCGAAGGGACAAGACGUUAGUGUUUUACCAUGUAUACGUGAUUUUCAAAGAAAGUCCCAUUCUUUUAGCCUUAGCGGAAUGCGGAAAACAAUGGAAUGCAGACACUGUCCUUUUAUUUAAGAUCUGUUGUCCCAUGAAUCUUUCAGGAUUACUGAUCAACACUCUAUCUACCUCAUUAACUGUCUAAGUGACACCAGGUUUUUCAAUGUUUGUGUCUCAUGAGUAAAAUUGUGUUGUUCUCUGCGUGCGACAAUUACCCGGCUCCUACUACUAUUUCAUUUGUGCAUUAGAACGACAACCUCGUAGUUCUUGUGUUAACGAACUGGUCAGUGACAUUCUAGUGGGUAGUAAAGUGAGGAUAUGGCUCUUUGUUUUAGGCAGUUGACUUUCUACCAAUGGGUUACGGGCUCUAAAACUGCUCCACCACCAAAGUUUUGACAGACAAUCAGUAUCACUAACCCUCACACAAUAGAUGUAGCUCAUUACCUACUGCAUAAAUAUGGACAAGAUUAGUGAGUGCAUUUCGUUUCUUUCUCCGGAUAGAAAACAUUAAAUGGAAGUAAUAGGAUCAGUUGUAAUCCAUCCAAGUAUUCUCAUCACAUAUUCUAAUUACUGGUAUCAGUUGUAUGCGGUUGUUUCUAAAAGCUGGCUCUUUUACAAUCAUUUAUCUUGUAUGACUAUUAUUCUUUUGUCUGAAACUUGGAAUCCACUUAUUUGCGGACAAGAAUGUUUUGAAUGUGUUUAUUUUGAGUUUCAUGUGCCGUUUUCCUAUUUUUUUUAAAUAUAGAAACUCCAAUGCCUAAUUUUCAUUGUAGGUAUUAUCAUGAGCUGUAAUACACAAAGUCAUUCAAGUGAAACGGAGAAAACUCUUCAGGAAGCAAAUAAAAAAGAUAAAAUGCAAAAAGCUCUAAGUGAAAACUUUGACAAGUCAAUUGUAUUAUGGAGUCCAGAUGAUAUUAGCAGCAUGAUUUUAAGUGAAGGCUUCAAUUUACACAGAAUGCCAAAAAAUUAUCUCACUCGAAAGUCUUAUAUUGAAAAGCUUAUUUUCCAUGCCACAAUGUCUGAUUCACUGAAAUCACCUUUUGCUGGCUUUAAAAUAGCCAGUAACUAUCUAGAAGAACUAGAUAAUAUUGAUGUAAUCAGUGGAAUCAAGUCGAAAUUUCUCUAUCAUACAGUUUUCCAGUCACCUGAACUUGGGCUACGGAAACUUCGAAUAUCACAACCAAAAAGUUUACCUCCACCAAGUGACCACAAUCAUAGUGCGAAUGAAGUUACUCAAGAAGUCGUACGCACUAGCAUUGGUCUGAGUUCAGAAGUGGAUGGAUAUUCAUAUAUAAUCGAUUACAUACCAUCAGAUGGUGUAACUAAGACCGCGAAUGCAGAUCAAAACAAUGAAAGCCAACCGUUUCGGUCAUCAUGGGUCACAAAUCCAGAUAUGUAUUUGCAUACUGCUGAAUGGCAGUUAAAGGAUCUGAGUUUUCUUGUAGGCAGUGAUAUGCCAAUAUUUGGCACACCCAAACACCCCUGUAUUAGUCUGAAGCUAAGUCCACUACAUGAGUCUAUAAAUGUUCUGACAGGCAUAGAUGUAUGGCUAGAAAAUAUUAUCAAUGAAGUUCCUGAAGUUGCCAUGUGCUAUCACCAUGAAGGUAUCGUAAUGCAAGAAUAUGAAAUUUAUAAAACAUGCGAAAUUCCAUCUAUCAUUGGAUUUGAAACAGAGCAAAUCAAUCGGAUAAUACGGAAUUUAAUCAUGUUUUUGAAGCGAAAUGCAACUCAAGAAGGUCAUACAUACUGGUUAGUGAAGGAACCUGGCCUUGGUGUUGUUAAGCUCUAUGAUCUUACAACUCUCGGCUACAAAGAAUUUAUAAACAAGUGUUCAGAUGAUCCUAACAUUCGUGAAGCUUACACGAAAGAUAAUAAUCCGUUUAUCUUACCUGUCGCAACACUAUGCUAUAAGUUAGCCGAAAGACGUGUCAAAGAGUAUACACUGUAUCGUGAAACACAAAUUAUUGAAUCGACCUCUGCAGCAUUUACUACAACCACACCACUACCUUCAUAUUCAUCUGAAAGUGACUGCUGUGAAGUGAAUACUGUUAUAGAUGCGUUACGUUUACUAAAAAACUGUUUAAAUCUAAUAUCAGUGCAUGAAAACUUGUCAUAUUUGUCGGAUAUGUCAAAUUUAUCAUUUACCCCAUCUUCAACUCAACAUGCAUCUGGAAUAAAUGAUUUAAAAUUUCGUGCAGUAGUUUUGUUGUGUCGAUUGUAUUCAAUCACGCCUACAAAUGUCAUCAUGACAUGUUUCAAGAACUUACAAGGAUUAAUCUGUUCAAGUCGUGAGACUGUAAGUGUAGAUAUUGAACAGUUUGGGAGAUCUCUGGAUCCAUCUGAAUUGAACACAUUCACUCUCUCUGACGACGCUGGGGAAAACGCGUCAUCACUGGUAGCAAUAAAUCCCAAUCGGAAUUACUUGGGUUCAAUGAUUAUAGAUGCGUUCAGAAAGUCAAAUACAUCCCAGCUUUCUCAACUUGCUAUAUCACUUCUUGGUGCGUGUGGUCACAGUUUGCCUUAUAAGCAUUCUAGCCUAACUGAUAAAAACGAUCAUGAUAAGAUGCUGACACUUUAUUCGUCGUCAUCGAGCAGUCAUCAUCACCAUCAAGAUAAUGAUGAUAUUAAUAAUAAUAAUACGAUGGAUAGUAGCAGUGGAACAAAAGAAUCACAAACCUACUCCGUACCAUUUGCUGUAUUAAAAUCUUAUGUUGGCAAAUCAGAAGAAUUAUGGUGCUCAGUAUAUGAACAAAUGCAUAAUGCUGAUACAAUGAUAAAUAUCUCUGUUAUUGAGUCGUUGGAAGUGAUCUUUCGUCAUACUCUACCAGCUUUAAUGCUUCUUGAACAUUUAGUUCCAGAUGUGUAUACGCAUUGUUCAUUCACUGAUGAAUUGCCAGCAAUGGAGAAACCAGUUUGUCCACAUUGCUCUUCUUGUGAUAUAGUCAAAAAUCCACUGGAUCAUCGUUGCCUCAGUGAUACUUUGUUUAUGGUUAGCUGCUUAUUUUCUGCUGCAUUUAUUUCUUAUGCUGAAGCUCUUCAAAGAAUAAAUCAUCCAACAAAUUUAAGUCAUCAUCAAGCAAUGAAUAACCUGAAAACCACUUCUGCUGACAUGUUUAUCUUGCAAUCGGCCUGUGAACAAAGCAAAAAUCUAAUCGAAAUCUACCUUCAUGCUGCUUUAAUGGGACCGAUUAAACUAUCAUCUAAAGAAUCAAGCAAUCAAGAAAUAACAAAUGAUUGUUCUACUGUUAUGACAAGAUAUGAGAAUUGGUUCAAAGUUUUAAUUUUAGCAGCAUGUUGUUUACAGCGCAUAUUCCGACAAUCAACACUUGUUCAUCAUCGCUGUUACAAUAAAUCAACAAACCAGUUGAUGAAACGAUUGAACAAGUCUCCAUUUUAUGAUCUAAAAUUAUAUAUGACUAAAGUAAAGAUUACUAAUGAUUGGUGGCCAGUUUUAAUGAAUAUGCUUGUCUGCGGUCUACGUGGUAUGUGGUUGGAGUGCAUCAGUUCAAAUCAUCAGGAUGAGAGUAUCCACUUAAAAUUUGAUAAACUUUUAGACCAAUGUCUCAGUAUUAUAUUUUCUAAUCCACUGGACUGUCUAAUGACUACUACGACUACUAUUCCCUCUAUGGCUAACAACAGCACCGGUGGUUUGAACUUGACGUUAUAUCUCUUGAAUGACACAAAUGAAUUCCAAUUGUUCAAAUUACUCGCAUUAUAUUCUCAAUCAUCACCGUUAUCAUCAUUACAAUGGGCAAAUAAAUUAUGUUCAUUACAAAAAUGGAGAGAUAGUCAAGAACGUAUUCUACCUGUUGAAACAUUAUUUUUUCAUCAAAAAAAUAUGAAAAUAUCAACAGGAAAUGAAAAAUUUCAAUUUUCAUUAACUUGUGUAUGCUUAGCACGAUCUAUUGAAAUGUUAUUGCAUUAUCAAACCAGUCAACACCAUCAUCAUCAUCAUCAAGUAUCAGAAGAAAUGCCAUCUGUACAAUUUUGUUUAGAUUUACUACGUACAUCUAAUGAAUAUCUAGCAAUUAGUUUGGAAGAAUUCAAGUCUUUUAGCGGUAGUGAUAAAGCAAAAUAUCUAGACAUUGUAAACAAUGUUUUAAAGCAAGUUUUACGAAAUCUUCCAUCUGAUCUUACACUGUAUUCAUCAACUUCUAAUGAUACGGUUGUGAACAAGGAGAUAUUGCGUAUUUUUGUUAAUUUACGAUUACAUCAACUUAAUCUAAUGCUUUUACGACAUCAUCAUGGUGUAACCUUUAAACGAGGGAAGUCACAAACUCCAGCUUGGUCUACAAUGAUUACACAAACCAGAAAUACAUUAGAUUGGCAUUCAUCUUAUCUAGCUACUCUCAGCUGUAAAGAAGACAAACCAUCGCAUAUUGAUAUCCAGGAUGUCAUUUUACAUGUUACUUUGUUAAGUCAUCUUGUAAAUUUACAAACGGUAAAUCAAAGUGUACUAUCUGUUCUUGGUAUUCAAACGAUUCUUCAAGAUAUCUACCGAAUUCGUCCUAUUCUAACGAUACUGACUGACUGUUCAGGCUGUCUCUCUCCAGAUACGCACAUUGAUUUACAGGGUCCGUUAAAUUCAAUUUCUCACAAUUUAGGCCAGUUAUGUGAUACAUUGGUGAGGAAAUCGCAAUGUAAACGUGAAAACAAAUCCGAACGGAAAUCAGUCAUCAUUCAGAAUCGUAAGAAGAAUAAACAAAAACACAAAAAGCCACAACAAGAAGCAACAGAUACCACGAGUCGUGAUGAGGGUUCUCCAGAGUCCCUAUUGUUAUCACACAUCAAAUAUGUGGAUAACUCUUCCACAUUAGAAUCAGAUGACAAAGAAACACGGGAUCAACAUCAUGUCCCCAUCAGCAACUGUCAAGCGAUGAGACUCAAGAUUGAACAUCUAGCCGAGUAUCUCAGUGGAUUAUAA